AUGCAGCGUGUACCUCCGAAGAAGAAGCUAGAGAAGAAGGCGGAGAAGCAGCUCUUUGACGCUGCGGCCUUCGUGAAGGACCUGCUGGCGGGCGGGGUGGCGGCGGCCGUGUCCAAGACGACCGUGGCGCCCAUCGAGCGGGUAAAGCUGCUGCUGCAGGUGCAGGCGUCGUCCAAGCAGAUCAGCCCCGAGGCCCAGUACAAAGGCCUCGUGGACUGCCUGAUGCGGAUUCCCCGUGAGCAGGGUUUCUUCAGUUAUUGGCGUGGCAAUUUGGCAAAUGUUAUCCGGUAUUUUCCAACACAAGCUCUAAACUUUGCUUUCAAAGACAAAUACAAACAACUGUUUAUGUCUGGAGUUAAUAAAGAAAAACAGUUCUGGAGGUGGUUUUUGGCAAACCUGGCUUCUGGUGGAGCUGCUGGGGCAACAUCCUUAUGUGUAGUAUAUCCGUUAGAUUUUGCCCGAACCCGAUUAGGUGUUGAUAUUGGAAAAGGUCCUGAAGAGCGACAAUUCAAGGGUUUAGGUGACUGUAUUAUGAAAAUAGCAAAAUCAGAUGGAAUUGUUGGUUUAUACCAAGGGUUUGGUGUUUCAGUUCAGGGCAUCAUUGUGUACCGAGCCUCUUAUUUUGGAGCUUAUGACACAGUUAAGGGCUUAUUACCAAAACCAAAGGAAACUCCUUUUCUUGUCUCCUUUUUCAUUGCUCAAGUUGUGACUACAUGCUCUGGAAUACUCUCUUAUCCCUUUGACACAGUUAGAAGACGUAUGAUGAUGCAGAGUGGUGAGGCUGAACGGCAAUAUAAAGGAACUUUAGACUGCUUUGUGAAGAUAUACCAGCACGAGGGAAUUGGCGCAUUUUUUCGUGGUGCCUUCUCCAAUAUCCUUCGUGGUACAGGGGGUGCUUUGGUGUUGGUAUUAUAUGAUAAAAUUAAAGACCUCCUUAAUAUUGAUAUUGGAGGUAGUUCAUCAGGAGAUUAA